AAUGCUGCUAUUUUUGAAGGAAUGGGUUGACUCCUGGUAUGAAGUUAUGAACGAAUACAAUCAAACUGACUUAGAAUCUUCAAAUUGCACAAAUCGACGAAAGUUGUUCAUUGCAUCAGAUGAACUUAAAGAUGUGGUAAAAGAGGCUAAGAUUAGAUGGGGAAAUAAAUAUGAAAUUUAUCACGGACCAUUUAACACAAAAAGUAUGUUAUAUAAAAAUAUAUAA